CAACCUCUGAUGUGGACAUAAUCUGACACAGAGGUACCAUCCAUCCAUUUUGUUCUUUCUGUGGGAACAGCUCAGCUGUUAAGUACAUCUAUCCAGUACAAAUGUUUCUACAACACAAAUUUCAAAGGAAUUGUAAAAUCCAAACAAUGUAAGUUUUUCAUGUAGACAGAACUUAAAAAACUGAGCAAAAAUACUGGCUGGAGAAAGGAAAGAAAAUAUCAAUUAAUGGUGCUGAUGAAGAAAAAACCCACAGCAAGUUUCCAGUGUUAGAACUGCUGAUCCCAUGCAUAUAUUACUGGAGUGUUUUUCUGUAGUUGUCUAGCUUCUCUGAAAGCAAGAGUUAAAAAUACAAAGAAAAAAUACUUAAAAUUACUGAAAUGUGAAGCACAAUAACUUAUUUAAAAACCAGGUGACAAAAAAACUUGACAUAUGGAAUCUGCAGUGAAACACACAUAAAUUAUUUCCCAAAGCUGAUUUUUAAUUCUUCAGGUGUUCAGAGCAUCAGCCUUUGCUAUGGGUUGCUCCUAUGAGGAAGACUACAGAGAUAUAGAAAAAACUUGUGUUCACAUUGAGUAUAAGAAAAGUUAAUCUUUCUGAACAGAGCACAUACAUAAUUCACAUGUCAAAUCAGCUCUUUGAACAGGAAUUCUAAAGGCACAUGCAUAUCUAGGAAAUAUAAUAAGGCAUUACCCCAACAAAAUAAGGGGUAAGAAAACAACCAGAGUCCAUGUGGCAUCACCUAAUCACCUCAAUUUUGCAGAAACGCUCGUAAGUGAGAAAUGAAGGCUCUUUGGGAGUUAGAGACACAUCUUUAACAAAAAUUUCUAAAGGAAAAAAGCACAUAAUCUAGAAACAGUGUACUGCUUCAGAGCCAAAGAGCUCAAUUUGCAAUCUCAAGGCCAGUGGGCAAUAAUUUCUGCUUCUGAAACAAAACACAGCACUCCUCAGCUCCAUUAUAGAUGCUGUUUUCUUUAGACCCCAGGAAAGCUGCUUGGUUACUAUAGCAACAGAUACAGGAGAAAGCUUUUCAUUUGUAAAUGGCCACUCCUUUAAAAUAAUACAUGCUAUUUUUCCCAUACUUUUAAUAUGCAUCAAAUAGAGAGUAGAACUAUGAAAGCCAAUAGAGUACACAAGAGCACUUAAAAUUCACUAGUUGAUUUGAUGAUAAUUUUACUACUAAUGCUUUUCCCCCCACCAAUUAUGUUAGAAAUAUUUACAAAAUAACACUGAAGUCUUACAAAAUAAUGAAUAUGAAAAUCAUUCAACUGAUACAUCCCAAACUGUCAACAGUACAGCAAUUAUUCACCCCUUACUGUUUUAGUGCAUCUGUACAAUGAAGGUUUAUGUUCUGGUGGGGUAGGAGGCACACAUAACAGAGUACAAUUUAAUUCACACAAGUCUGCUGCCUUGCUAAUGAAAUCAACACUCUAAAUCAGAAUAAGCUUAAAUGAGACAAUUUUUCUAAUUGUUGACAACAAAGGUCUCAUAAUGGGCAAUACAUGUACCUUGCAACGGGGCUAUAUUAAAAGCAAACCCACAUGACUUUUCCUCAAGAUGUAAUUUACUCAUAGGGAACUAAAACUGAAGCAGAACAAUUUCAUUAAAACAAACUGUUUGAGAUCCUACUGAGAUAGUUCUAAGCCAGCACUUUCACAAUCCAAGUAUUCAGUAGCAUUUUAUCUGUCUACUACAAACAAACGUUAGGUCUAACACCAGAUAUGUGCAACUCAUAGCAAUCUUGUCCAGAUGAGAGUUUACUUUUGGCACACUUCCAGCAGAAAGUAACUAUGCCUCUGCACUAAUAAAAAUAAUUUCUGUGUAAGAAGCAGCUCCGCAGUAACUCCAUUCACACCAGGCUCACAAACAGAAUCACAAGAGACCCAAAGUCAGGUACAGAGCCUGUGGGUAAAUCAUUGCUGCAACAAGCAAGACCUUUCUCACAACUUCUUGAUUUUUCAAACCAACUUGUGAAGGCCACUUCUCUGAAGUGCUGCAUUUACCAUGGAAGCCUUACCACUAGCUUUAUUCCCUUAUCCUUUUAUACAGCCUUAUACAAAGCUAACAAGUUAUAGGAUAACCCAUGGAAGGCUAAAGCUAUUAAGGAACAGAUAAGCAAAGCCUGCAGUAGAAUAGAAGUGUCCUGCUGCUCCAAUUAAAAAUUAAAAUAAAUUACACAGUUCUUUUCUAGGAAAUUUAAACUCUUAAUAAGAUUAUCUGUGAUAAAAAAAACCCCAACAACUGACAAACAACAAAACUCUCUGGCUCCACUGCAACUUAAAUUAUUUCCCCCCAGUCUGUAAGUCUACAGUUUCUGGAUUCUCCAGAUUUUACUUCAUUUAAUCACUGCUCACACUUUCUAUCACAGAACCUGGAUAUCAUUAUGUAUUUAGGACUAAGGGCUGCCGUCUGUUUUAUUCCAUAAUCUCUUUGCUUUCCCUUACUGAGUGUUUUUCAAACAAAACUCAUUAAACAAAGUACUCCUUUAUUCUCGGGUAGAUGGAACUAAGAGAGGGAACAAACAGCAGUAAUGCACUCGCUGUGGAGAACAGAAAAAAAACAACAUUCCAAGAAAUUUUGAUAAUACAUGCCAAUGCAGUUUUAUAUGAGAAGGGAUAGUCCCAUUCAAGAGAAACUGCAUUUUCCAGGACAUCUACAGUGAAGAAAACAUCCAGACCUCACAACCAGCACCCGCUGCAGCUUGGCUACGAAGCUCCCAGUUACUGAUUUCCACGAGAGAAAAGGAAGACAAAAGGUGACAGAAGAUAACCAUCAUGGCAUCAGCAAGCCUGCAGUUCUUUGCUUUUAUUCUGGCUCUGUUUGGUGUUUUCGGAGAUAUCGCAGCCACCUUGCUACCACACUGGAAGGUAAACGCAGAUGUUGGCUCAAAUAUCAUAACAGCUAUAACACAGAUGCAAGGACUCUGGAUGGACUGCACAUGGUACAGCACUGGGAUGUUCAGCUGUACCCUGAAAUACUCCAUCCUCUCUCUCCCAGUCUACAUCCAGGCUGCACGGACCACCAUGGUACUGUCGUGUAUCCUAUCAGCCUUUGGGAUCUGCAUCACUACAGUUGGAAUGAAAUGCACAAAGUUGGGAGGGGACACUGACAGCAAAAAUAACGCUUGUUUUGCUGGAGGAAUCUGCUUCAUUCUUGCAGGAAUCUCUGGAUUAGUACCAACAUGCUGGUACACGAGAGAAAUUAUUUCAAAUUUCCUGGACCAGACCGUUCCAGAGAGUAGUAAACAUGAACCGGGAGGAGCAGUUUAUACUGGAUUCAUCUCGGCAGGGUUUCUGCUUAUCGCAGGUGUGAUCUUCUGCUCUUCCUGUUUUAAAAGGCAGCAAGGAACAUGGAUUUACCCUCCAAAGCAGCACCAUUUCCCAUCCACAGAGCAGGAGAGCAAUGCAGGUUACAGCCUGAAGGACUAUGUAUAAAUAAUUAUUUCUAUCCAAUGAAGUAUUUGUAUUCAUUCAAGUGGGUUUUUUGUGUGUUAACUGUAGUUUGAUUAUUUCAAAGAACGUGUAACAUAGCACUUAACCUUUCCUAUAUCUGGGUUGCAAGGUAUUUCAUUCAUUUAUCCACAAAAAGGAAAAAGUAGGAAAAGAUACUUGUCUGCUAUAAGAGUACUCAUUUGUUGAUUUUUCAAACCUUUCUGACUUCCCAAGUAACAUUUAUUGAAGAAAAAGGAACUGUUUUAAAAACAUAACUGACUGUACAAUUCAUGCAUCGAUAACAGCAUGUAACAGCAAAGAUGAUUAAAAACUAACUGCUUUCUGUUUAAUGAAUCAGAUUUUCAAUAACAUAUGGCUUUUUAUAGUGCAUUUCACAUUUUUCUCUUGAUUUUAUGUAUGAUGCAAGGUAAAAAACCCAGAAACUAUUUGUUCAAGAAGCCCAGUUCAAAGGUUUCUAAAAAGUAGACUCAUCCGUCUUUCAUUUUCAAUUGUAAAUCGCCUUGGUAAGUAGAUUUUUGUAAAAUAAAAACCAACAAACAAAUAAAAAAUAUAUACACAAAAAAAUCAACCAACCAAGACAAAUCCACAACAAAAGCUCAAGGCUUCAAACCUUAGCUGUAGUGUAUACUCUGCAUAUCAGGAUGAAGGAUCAGCAGUACCAUUCAGCUCUUGCCAAACCCAGCUCUCCUGCCCCAAACUGCCACCUGCUGUGGGUUUCAUUUAUUUCAUUUAUUAUUGUUAAAAAGGAAAGUGUGCUGGACAUUCACCAACUGCUACUAAUCUAUCACUAGACAGUGAAUGUUAGAGAUGAGGAGCAGAACAAGAGAAAUAACUGUGAAAACACCUGCAAACUGUAACAAACAGGACAGAAACCAAAUUAUGUAUGGUCAAGAAACAUCUGUAAACAUUCUGGCUUACACUUGCUAAAGGUAGUUAUGAACAGCUCAAAUAACACAGUAACCACUUACUGACUUCUGAUUUCCACAUUUCUAACCUUCUGAAAGAACCCUUUAAGUCCUUUUAAUUAUUCCUGUAGGAUCUGUUCCAGACCCAGUCCCAGAUAUUCUAUUACUGUAACACGUACAACACAGCAGUGAUAAAGAGACAGCUUCUUUAUUUUUAACUGUCUUAUUUUGAAUAAUUACCUUUAAACUUUGUCUUUAACUUUUUCUUUCACCACACAGAUUUUGUCAUGUAUUGCUCAUUGGCAAAGUAUGUUCUACCUAAAUACUUCUGUAAGUGAGGACCAAUAUCAAGAAUGAAAAGGGGUAUGAUACAGGCCUUUAAAUUUAAGAAUAUAAUGCUGGACGAGUCUUUCAAUAAAAUCAACUGCUAUUUAUUCUGCGUAUUUAUACACACCUUUCAUUCCCAUAGUACUAGUCUGAAAUUUGCUAAAAGACUGUGAAGGAGCACAAACAUUACAUGUUUAGUAUGUUGGAAAAAGAUCUGUUAUAGUGUUUGGGAAAGUGGACUUAUCAUGUUAACAUUCUUUAUUCACAGAGAAUCUUCAUUUUUCAGACAGGGAACAGGAUUAUAUCGUUUUUAUUCUACUGUUACAUAGCUAUUUUGAGUUUCCUAUGUUUUAAUCAAGGAUCUUGUUUUGUACUCUUCCUAAUUCAAUUAUCAGCAGUUAUUACAUAUUGCAGAGACUUCACUAUGACCAAAAAGCCAAUUUCUUUUUUCCCUAGACACAAUGCUGUGCAGCACCAUUACAUUAACCAAGAAUUUUUAUGUCUCCACACUCAUAGAAAUGGUGAAUUAAUAUUCAUGCAUCAAGCAAUGAGGUAAGCAAUUCCUUCUCACAGACAUGCAUCUCCACCUUUAUAAAGGGGUUUGACAUGACACUAAGCUGUGAUCAUUACCAUGUAUGUGAGUUAAAUCUGUUUGCAAAAUUUAUAAUCAAGAGGCAUUUUUACAUGAGGGUGUAAGAAAAAGGUAAUAACAUACCAUGAGCAUAACAAAAUGUUCAUUGGUUACACAUGCUGCAAAAUUUUCUUCCUUAAACUUUAUAAAAAGGUAGGUGUACUUCAUAUUGCUAUGAAACAAAAAUCAAGGACAGAGCUAUUUCAUUCACAGUACGCUGCAAGAGCUUUCCAAUAAAACAGAUUCUAUGAGAAAUGGUAACAUCUAAAACCAUGUCAGUUGACAUCUAAAAGAACAAGGACAAAACAGAAGAUCAGUCUACAACAGAAGUUUGAAGGAAACAAAAUAAUUGUGAAAACAGGUGCCAGUCCUGUCUGAAAGAAUUGUACUUUCUGCUUUUGCAGUAUAAGCAAUACUUAUUUUAACUCAAAAAAUACAUCAAAUAAAAAUAUGCCUGUCUUUAGUUGUACUGCUUUUUUUUAUUCCACAGAGCACAAACUUCCUCUAGGCCAUGCAUAUACCAGGAUAUUUAUCACAACUCUGUGUGUUACCUCUCUUGGUCAACUAUGGCCUUUCCAGUACAGGAAAAUGGAAAUAUCAGUUAGAGCUUCCCAAUUCCAGGACACAGUCUGCAAGACUUUUAACUACGUUAGCUCUAUUAGUACUCAAAUUGUACCCACCACUGAGAAAUCCCCAACAUAAAACUGGAAUUU